AUGCAGCUAGCAUCCAUCUUCGUUGCACCUCCUCCAAUCUUUGGCCGUCAUCUUGCCUCUACGCCUGCGCCGUCUGUCGGCAUUGCGUUGUUCUCUGGUGCUGCAAUCGCGCUGGCUUCGCUGUCCACGCCAGCGCUAGUGACUUACGACCGUCCAUUGUUCGUCCACAGUCCGCGUCAUUUGCGCGUAGCCCUCGCCCUCGCCCUCGCCCUCGCCCUCGCCCUCAGUCGAUUGCUGUUUCUGUUCUGCUGUUGUUGCUGUGCCGCUGCUGUACUACCGGCCCACUGCCUCCCCGCCUAUUCAGGCAUCUCACCUCACCUGCGUCCCCAACCCCACACCAGACACACGGUCGGAGGAAGGCUUUCCCAGCACCCAAGGCCCGCAGAGCUGCCGGCGCACCGCGCUCGAGGGCAUACCGCACUCUUGAAAGACACUCCCAACUUGGCGCAUUCACUGCCACGCCCCAUGCAGCGCCUGCUGCCAGCCCAGGCCUGCGCCGACGACUUCGUCAUCGUGAGAUACCAUGUCGGCCUUUGCUACCCAGGCAUAUCAGCAACAUUGCCUCGCAUAGAAGGCAAGGUCGAGAUCCGCCCUCUCGUGGGUGUCUCCGCGCCUGUCAAUGUCUCCCUCGUUACCAUCGCACUCCAUCGUCGUGAAACCAUACACCCCUCCGCCGACUCGGUUACGAAGAAGCAUCUGGCAGCACCGCGCAAGGAGAUCACCGAUAUUGUUGGCAAGGAGAUGCUGCUGUACCGCUGUGCGGCUGGUAGAGAUCACGAAAGCAUACUGUGCAUGGACCUGCCCUUUGUUAUUUUCAUUCCAUACGGUCGAGGCGGCGAAGAGGUGGCUAGAAGAGUACCUCCUGCCAGUCUGCAACUACCGAGUCGCACGGCUGAGACUUUCUAUGAGCUAGUCGUGACCUUGCAGCAAGGACCACAGGAACAGAGAAAAUACGCGUUCCCCGUUCCAAUCCAACGAUACGACACCCUCUCCACGUUUGGCAUGUACAAUCGCCCCGAGAGCGCAGAACGAGUGACAGACCACCUGGUCACACUGGGCAUCAGUUUACCGCGCUGGAGCUAUGGCCCUCUAGACCCUGUCUCUGUAUAUAUCAAACUCAGCCCGAACCAAGACUGGCUGAGUAAAGCGAAGAAAGUCACGAUAAAACAAAUCACAGUCGGUAUAGAUGAGGAAAUCAUCUUCAAUCAUGAAGGCGACGAGCCGACACGCAAAGUCAAGACACUAGCCAAAACAACACAGGCUGUAGGUGUCAAGAUGCCAGAGGCAGGCUACUUCACUAAUCUUGGGUUGGUCUUCCCAGCAAAAGACCUGAGAGACAGCGACGGCGUGAUCCCAAGAGGCAAGAAAGAAUUUCCCAUGUAUGCGGUGACUGGCUUCACGACAACAGGGACAUUGUACAAGAUUGAGUAUUACCUCACCGUCAAAGCACAAAUGUCGUCAGCACGCGAUAUUCUGCUCCGCCAGCCCAUCGUUGUAUGCCCGUUCGACCACGCAGGUUGCAAGGAAGAGAUGGAAGCGAUCGAGCAGGCGGCCAAGGACGCAGCGCACGUUGCGCCCGACAACCCGAUGCUACCCGCUAGUACUAUUAUUCGAGCGAACGACCCAGAUGGUUUGAGAGCUCUUGGAAUUGCUAUUGUUGGAGGGGUGAGGAAACCGCUGAUUGAGUGA